UACAGCAAUCCUGCAGUCAGAAGCCAGAGAGGUGUUUCCUACCUGAUCAUCAUUCCUUAUUCAUACUGAUAUAAAACAGCACGAGUCAUUCUUCUGUUUCAUUUUGUAAGCAGCGUGUUUGGGCUUCAUCAUUGGACCAAACGUAGGAUUCACGACUAAUUUUGAAAAGGAGGCUCAGCAUGAAUGUAAGUUUAUAGAGGCAUCAUUUCUAUUUUUCCACUUGGCUUCUCUACAUUCUGAAGAUAAAAUGGCGUCUCAGUCAGAAAUGGAUCUCUCCUGUCCUGUCUGCCAUGACAUUUUCAAAGACCCCGUCAUCCUGUCAUGCAGCCACAGCUUCUGUAAGGACUGUUUGCAGAGAUGGUGGUCUGGCAAACUAAUACACACGUGCCCGAUUUGUAACAAGGUAUUUUUGUCGAAUGAGCUGCCUUCCAACCUGGCACUUAAGAAUCUGUGUGAGGCCUUCUUACAGGAAAGAAAGCAGAAAGCUUCUCCGGGAUCUGAGCCUCUCUGCAGUCUGCACUUUGAGAAACUCAAACUGUUCUGUCUGGAUCAUCAGCAGCCUGUUUGUGUCGUCUGUCGAGAUUCAAAUUCACACAGGAAUCACAGAUUCAGUCCCAUCGAUGAAACUGCUCAAUGUCACAGAGGUGAGCUGCAAAAACACCUGAAGCCUUUGAAGGACAAACUAAAGAUUUGUGAACAAGUGAAAGGAAACUUUGAUCAAACAGCACAACACAUUAAAUCCCAGACACAACAGACGAAGAGGCAGAUUAUGGAGCAGUUUAAGAAACUACACCAGUUUCUACAAGAGGAAGAGGAGGCCAGAAUUACUGCUCUGCGUGAAGAAGAAGAGCAGAAGACUAAAGUGAUGAGGGACCAGAUUGAUGCUUUAAACAGACAAAUUAUAGACAUUUCAGAUACAAUUGGAGCUGCAGAAGAAGAAAUGAGAGCUGCAGACGUGUCAUUCCUGCAGAGUUAUGACAACUCAAUAAAAACAAUCCAACAGCGCCUCCAGCUGGAUCCUUCAGGCCUGCCUGGAGGAGCCCUGAUAGAUGUGGCCAAACAUCUGGGCAACCUGACCUUUAAUGUGUGGAACAAGAUGAAGGACAUGGUCUCCUACUCUCCUUUGAUUCUGGAUCCAAACACAGCUCAUCCAGAGCUCAUCCUGUCUGAAGAUCUGACCAGUGUGACUUUUGGACAGAAACAGAAGCUUCCUCAUAAUCCAGAGAGGUUUGAUAAACAUAACUGUGUCCUGGGCUCUGAAGGCUUAAACUCAGGGAACAACAGCUGGGAUGUUGAGGUCAGAAACGAUCGAUUUUGGGGUCUUGGUAUGAUGCAGGAAUCAGCUGAGAGAAAGGGACAGAUCCAGACUGGAUUCUGGGAAAUACUUCUCCUUGAUGGAAAACUCACAGCAUCCUCUCCACCACUUUUACCGAAAGUUCUCCCAGUGGAGAAACCCCAGAGGAUCAGAGUCCAGCUGGACUGGGAUCGAGGGAAACUGUCCUUCUUUGAUCUUGACACUAAGAAACACAUUCACACCUUCAAACAGACUUUCACUGAGAAACUGUUUCCUUAUAUUUUCACAAAAAAUGAGUUACCUCUUAAGAUUUUACCCAUGACUAUCUCUGUUACAAAAGAUCACGAAGUUCCUUUAACAUUAGGUUACUGGCCUUUCUAGAGUUGCAAACCCUGUUUUUUUUUUAUAACUAUUUCAUUUAUUUGCAUUCAUGCAUUUAAUGUUUUGAUCAGACAAACUGUUUCAGUGUAGUGGUGGUCUAAGUACCAUCCUGUUAGGGUAUAUGAGCUGUAGUUCCAUUGUUUAGUUGCUUGUUGCUAACAUACUGUUAUGGGGAUAGUUUUUCAAUAAGAUUUCCAUGUUGCUGAUAUGUAGAAAAAUCUGUAACAACGUAUUAUACCAACUUUCAGGACUAGAUUAUAAUGAGUCCUCAUUUUAGAGCUACUCUGAAAAUUACAAGGCAGAUCUUUAUGAUAACUAUUUAAAGAAUGGAUCUGGGUAGAUUGCACGACAUUUGUUGUGUUGGAAUUAUUUCAUGAUUUAUCAAGGCUAAAAAUUGGGAUCAUUUUUGGGUUUGCAUCAGUGAUGGGAAUUUUGUUUAAGGAAUGAGCAGGAGUUUUAUAUGACUGCAACAUAAUUGCAUUCAUUAAUGCUGAGUUUCUCAUACCAAAUGUUUUGUUUUUAUCUUUAUUAAUACAUUUAUUCAUAUAUUCCCAUGUUGUUUUGUUUGGUCUAUAAACCAUGUCUGUUAACACAGAAAUACAUUACAGCUGAAUAAUAUCUAGAUUUAGGAGAAUGAAUUCAGAUAUCUGGGAUCUUUGCUUUUUCUAACUUAUAAGAAUGCAGCUAUGACCAUUUCCACAAGCUUCUACUCUGAUGGAAACAUAGUUUUUUCAGUAUAUUAUCAUAGAUGCUACAGAGAUACUUUAUUAAAGAAGUUGAACUUAAGAUACAUCAUAGUAACAUCACAUGACCCUUUUGAGGAAGACUACAGGAUGUAGCUGAGCUUAAAUUGUUUUUGGGUGUUUUGGGUCUAUGGGUCCUCUUUUGUGUUGAGGUGAUAUUGCGCCACUUAGGGGCAAAAGUCAAGGGGGGCAGGAUAAUAAAUGGGGGAGAUUCCUUUAAAAGGUCUUUUAAAUCUACUAUCAUUGUUAUGUAAUCUUUGUAAUGGUAUAGAGCUAUAUUCAUGCCUUUUUCAAUACGAUGAGAAAGGUUUAUAAUAUAAUAGCCCCUUCUGGUAUGUAUUCCUUUAAAACUUUUGUAUCCGUUAUUAACAUGUGGGUUUAAUGUUGUGUGUAUAACACAUAAAUAAAUGGUGACAAAAUUG